AUGGUUGGUAUCAUGUGGAAGGUGAUUGUUUCAUUGAUCCUGUUUAUGGUCGUUCCUGGUGAUGGAUUGUUUCGCUCCAUAUACCGAAGCACCCAUGUUUCCAGGCCAUUCAAGGGAAAUGCAGGACAGCCUCUGUUUCUUACCCCUUUUAUCAAUGCUGGGAAGAUCAAGGAAGCGCAAAAGAAGAGCAUGGUCAGUCCUUUCCCUGGAAUGAACUUGAAUAGUUACGCUGGCUACAUCACGGUGAAUAAGACUUACAACAGCAACCUCUUCUUCUGGUUCUUUCCAGCUCGGAUACAGCCCGAGACUGCCCCAGUAGUCCUCUGGCUUCAGGGUGGUCCUGGAGGUUCAUCCAUGUUUGGACUCUUUGUAGAACAUGGGCCUUACGUUAUCACAAGUAACAUGACUGUUACUGCUAGAGACUUCCCUUGGACCACUACCUUUUCCAUGCUUUACAUUGACAAUCCAGUGGGCACAGGCUUCAGCUUCACUGACAGUCUCGAGGGAUAUGCCGUCAGUGAGGACGAUGUAGCUCAAGACUUGUACAGCGCACUGAUCCAGUUUUUCCAGAUGUUCCCUGAGUAUGCGAAGAAUGGCUUUUAUGUCACUGGGGAGUCUUAUGCAGGGAAAUAUGUGCCGGCCAUAGCGUACUAUAUCCACUCCCUCAACCCCGUGAGGGAAUUGAAGAUCCACCUGCAAGGAAUUGCCAUUGGAGAUGCAUAUUCUGAUCCAGAAUCGAUUAUAGGAGGGUAUGCAACAUUCCUGUACCAAAUUGGCUUGUUGGAUGAGAAUCAGGAAGAGUACUUCCAUAAGCAGUGCAAGAAGUGCAUACAAUACAUCAAAGAUCGGAACUGGAUAAAGGCCUUUGAAAUCCUGGAUAAACUGCUGGACGGUGACUUGACAAACGAUCCAUCCUUCUUCCAGAAUGUGACAGGAUGCACCAACUACUACAACUUUUUAGAGUGCACGGAUACCAAGGACCAAAGUUACUAUGGGAAAUUCUUGUCACUCCCACAAGUGAGACAAGCCAUCCAUGUGGGAAACCGGACUUUCAGUGAUGGUGCCGAUGUUGAGAAGUACUUGCGAGAGGACACAGUGCAGUCGGUGAAGCACUGGCUAGAAGAGAUAAUGAAUCGCUACAAG